CGGGAGCCGCGCCGUCCUGGGGCUGUGCCUGCUGUGCGGCGCGCUGGCUGCGGCCAGGUCACCCAGCUGCCACGAAGUGCGGACGGCGUUCCAGCUGCGACAGAUCGGGCCCCUCAAGCUGGUCCCCGACGUGCCCACGGCCGAGUCAGAUUUACAGAUCUGUCAACACAGGGCACCAACAUGUUGCACCAAAAAAAUGGAAGAAAGCUACCAGGCAGCUGUUCGAAGGGAGAGGACUCAGAGUAUCCAGKCCCUGAACUUCGAGCUGAAGUACAUGAUUGUUGGUCACAUCACAGCUUUUCAAGAGGCCUUUGAGUCUUUGCUUCGCUUUGCUGAAAACCGCACAAGUUCCCUGUUUGAGACAGCUUACAGACCUAUGGCAAAAGAAGCAGCAGAGCCUGUUAAGGAGCUUUUUACAGACAUCUCUCUCUACAUUCUGGGCGCAGAGACCACAGUGGAAAGCGCAGUGCUGCGGUUCUUUGACAGUCUCUUUCCUCUGGUGUAUAGCCGGCUAAUAAACCCCGGAAUUACAGAUCUGUCAGAGGACUAUACAGAGUGUCUGCGGCUUACAAGGCAAGACAUAAAUCCUUUUGGACACUAUUCUAAAAACAUGGUUACAGAGCUGUCAAAAUCUCUUUGGGCCAGUCGGAUGCUGAGCCAGGCCCUGAGUUUGGGCAUUGAAGUGAUAAAUACCACGGAGCACGCGGCUCUGAGCAAGGAGUGCAGCCGAGCCCUGGUGAGGAUGCAGUACUGCCCGCACUGCCAGGGCCUGACGCUCAUCAGGCCCUGCGCCGGCUAUUGUCUGAACGUCAUGAGGGGCUGCCUGGCCAGCGUGUCCGAGCUHGAUUCACAAUGGAGGGACUUUAUCUCCACGCUGGAAUAUCUGACUAAUGAAAUGGCUGCCUCACACGAGCUGGAAAUUGCACUGUCGGGGAUCUGGAACUCCGUCAACGAGGCCAUCCUGCACGCACAGCUCAACGGACCGCAGCUCUCKGCUACAGUUGAUAAAGUGUGUGGACAGCCCAAACAGCAAGAAGGGAACCUGUCAUCAGCCAAUAUUGUGCCAGUGAAGGAAGUGACYGAAACCCAGACAUUCGUGAUGGCUCACACCAGCCUGAACACUAAAAGAAGAGAGUUCAUCAAUUACAUGAAGAGGUCCCGAACCUUUUAUGCCUCUAUAGCAGAAAGGCUUUGUGAUGGAGACCUGGUGAUGAGAGACAGCUCRACCUGCUGGAAUGGAGAGGACGUCGUGGAAAGUUACACCAGCAGAGUUGUUUCCAAUGGACUGAAGGCACAAGUUAAUAAUCCAGAACUGAAAGUCAAAGGGUUGGACCCACUCAUCAACAAUUUAAUUGAGAAACUUCAGCACUUUAAUCAACUGGAUGCUGAGAAGGCCAAACUGAAGCAGGAGCGCUGGGCAUCCCGAGAUGGCGGCAGCGGGGCUGGSAGGAGCGGGGAGAUGGAGUCCAGUGGAGACUGUGAUGAUGAGGAUGGCUGCCAGGGCUCUGGGGACAGGAUGCACACAGCAGAUAUACUGAAGGACAGAAAAAACCAUCCAGAAAACAGAAACGAACCAAAACCAACCAUGAAAAAGAUGGACACCACAACCACCACAAGCACUGUCAAGUCAUCCUCCAAACACAGUGUAACUGGAAAUGGGAGCAGCCCAGCCCUGAGUGYCCCCCUUGCUGUUUUGGCAGCACUAGCAGUUCUGUGGCACUGUCCCCUGUAGCUGUGUUGCUGUGCAGAUGCUGUGCUAGUGCUCCUGUUCACUGUCAUUUAUACCUGCAGCCUUACCUGACUGGAAACAAAUGGAAAUGGCUCUYUAGUUGAUGUGGUAUGUUAGAAUAAAUAAGAAGGGAUAUGCUGGAGUURGCAGAUACCAAGUGUCAUCACUUACAAUGUCUGAAGACAGACUUUGGCAAAGCCCACCCAAGGUACAGAGAGGAUGAUCACAAGGGUCUGAAUAGCUUAAGUUAUGGGGUAGAAAUAAUUGAAAACACAGAAAUUGUGUAUGUGUGUGUUACUGUUUUUAUCAAUUUCAUUUGCUUCUCUCUGACUGGCUGUUGUUUAUUUGUUUAAUUUUUCUGCUAAGUUAUAUGAAUGGUCAGUCUUCAAAUUCAAGUCAAUCCUUUGUUUUUAACAAGAUGUUCUACAAUUCWUGGAAUCAUAGAAUGUUAAGGGCUUGGAAUGGACCUGAAAUACCAUCUYAUCCCAACCCCYCUGCCAUGGGCAGGGACACCUCCCAGCAGACCAGGUUGCUCCCCUGUACAGUGACGAGUUCUGUACCAGCUCGAUGAAAUUCCUGAGUGGUCAAGAAGGUCAAAGCAUGUUUGAAACUUCUUUUCACUCUUAUUGUUUAGAUUGUAGGAAGCAACAUAAAAACAUAUGGUGUGUCUAAUAUAUCAGUAUAGUUGCCUUAACUGUGGAAAAAAAUAGAACCACUUUGUUUACUGAGGGACAUAGAUAGUGAGUUUCCCUGCCCAACAAAAUGUCAUUACCAGAUGCUUAAGCAUAUGCUCAAAGCUUAUUGGAUGAAUGUCCAGCAAAGGGAAACAUAAAUAAACAUAAUGAUGUUUUAUCCACUUGAACGCAGCUCUGUGUAGAACAAAAAAAAAAAAAAAAGAUAAUUCAGUUCAAAUUUGCUUUGCCUCUGAGAUGUUACAUAGAAAUCAACUUAAAUUUUCCAUAAAGAUCCCAGAGAUAUAAAUUAUUGGGAGCUCCCAUUAGUCACUAACUAGGUUUURUGCAUUAUGGAUGUCCGAAAUCAACUGUUUCAUAAACUGUGUAUUAUUUAAUUACAUUUAAUGUUUAAAAUUUUGUAUCACGUUAGGUGUAAAUGUAAAACAUUCUGAAAUCUAGAACAUUCUCUGUUAUGCUUUAUCUUGAUUGCUAGAAAAUGUAAAAUGUGCAUUAUAUCACAAGGCUGUUUUUUUAAAUCAAUGAUAUAUUGAUGCAUUCUAACUUUUUGGAUAAAAAAGUACUAUAAUAACUUCUAAUGGGUUAAGAGUUAAUGUGUGUUUUCCAACAACUGUUUAUAGUGCCAUUGAAUAUAUGUAUACAACCACAACUGUAUGAAUACAGUGAUUAAUAUGAUAAACAUAUGAAACAUUAGAAUUGUUAUAUUUACUACAUUUCAUAACUAUUACAACCGUUUAAUGGCCAUUUUCAUGUUGUAGACUAUUAUUAUGUACAGUUUUGUAAGAUUUAAUGUAAAACACUUGCCUUUGGUUUUUUGUAAAACAUCUCUUUAAUACUUUGYGUUACACAGUCACUGAGAUUACUCAGAAGAAGAGCCCUGUAUCUCACUAACCAGCUUCAGGCAUUUUAUUGGCAACUUUUAUUCUAAAAGCCUGACUCGAAGAAGGUGCCAUGGGCCACUAUUACUGCUGGAUGUCAUCAGAAGGGAGGUGACAAUAGUACAGAACAAGCGGACAGUAAGUGAACAGAGGCUCACUACACUGCACAUUUUCAGACAGUAUUAGUGAACAUGUCCAUUUAUGUCUGCACAGGUGGGGCUGGAGUUGCAUUUCCAAUUUUGGCUCCUAGAUCACAUUUACAACAUAAAGGUAUGAUCAGAACCAUGGAUGCACCCAGCUGCAAAGGCAGUGUCUUUGAAGUGGCAGCAGCUACAUUUUCUAAAAGAUAAUUCAGUUUUUGUGUUGAAACAAGGAGAUAAAAUGGAGAAGAUAGUUGCAUUAGCAUGAAGUAUUUUGCAUUUUAAUUCUGAUUUUUUACAAUGGUAAGGAUAUUGAUAUCCCUAAGGAGUGCUUCCCAGUCCGAUAAGAGAAAAUCAGUUUUCCCAGAAGUAUUUAAAUGGCUGUCCUUUGUUUUCCUGGGCUUGUGAGCUGAACCAGUCUAUGGAAACAUAAUUAAAAAUGCUGCUUCUUGUAUUAGUUUUCAGAGCCCUCUGGAAAAGUGGUAUUUUACCUGAGGAGGAGUGCAGGUCGUGCCAUUUGUACAGUGGAGGUCUAUAAUGCCUGGCAAUCUUAGAGAAUCCUGCAUUAGGCAGGGAGCUCUCUGUGCACACAAAGAAAAGUGCAGUGGGUGCUCACACUCAGCACCUGCCCCUCAGCUCACACCAGCCACCCUCUGGCUUCACUGGAGCAAUUCAUAUCUGAUGCUUGUCAGCCUGACUCCUGAUUUAGUGUUUUCACGCUUACAAUGCUCAGUCAUCGUUCAGGCAAGUGMAGUUUGCACCCUGAAGUCCCCAUCAGGAUUCCUGUGGGACAGAGGUUGCAGGGCUGAGCUCUGAUCCUGCCAGAUGUCAGCUGUGCCGUUUGGAAUUUCCACAUUUUCUCACUGCAGAGAGGGAACUUGAACACCCAGACCCAGGUGUGUUUCUGAGGUUUUAGCAGUGAUCCCACCAGCCACACGUUCAACUGCAGCAGAGGGAGCUGCAGAAGCUCCACUGGAGGCAAGUUGGAAUAACUCACCCAGGGGAUUAUUUGUUGUUGCUAAAUGUCAUAAUUUUGYUAAACAGAAACCUCUGAAAAAUCAAGUAUUUGAAUUUGUGGAUUGGUUGGCAAAUAUUUGUAUUCAUCUCUCAAGCCAAACAAGACAGCCCUUUAAAAGUUUCUGUAACAAAACACAAGUUCAAAUCAUGGGGUGAGAUAAAAUCAACUAAUUUCAUUGGAUUCAACCAGUAUUUUAAUAGAUACAAAUUGUUCCAGGAGGGAAGAUGACUCCAUAUCAAUUAAUAUAUUUCAUGCAAAAACACUUCCACACUGUAAAAAGAGUUCUGGUCAAAUAUGCAUGAAAUAUGUUCAUAGUGAGCAUCAAAAACGGUGCCAUUUUAAAGGGCAAUGCAAUUUAUUUUUACYGGUGGUUUAUGAUUUUUUUUCCCUCAGGAUCAAUUGCAUUUACAUAUUUUAAAAAGUAUGUUUUCUAUUAAACAAGACAUCUACACCAGCAAAGGCAAAACCAACUGGUCRUGUCAGAUAAAGGAAGCAUUCGUUUUCAGAUGAAUAAGAUACCUGUUUUACAAAGCCUUAGUUUGUUAUGCAGUACACUGUAAUUACAAUGUAAUUACAAAGGUCUAAAUUUAAAAUACUUUUGAACUUGGCUAUGUAAUCUCAGUGUAAAAUAAGGUACCAGUCUAAUACCAUUGCUGUAGCYUUGCCUAACAGUUACGAAUUGUAUUUAGCCACUGCUUUCUGGUUGUUUAUUGUUUUGCUAUGACUUUCUUUUAAUAUUUUGCUGUGCCCACAUUUGUGAAUGCCAGCAUUGGAAAAUAACUGCUGUCAUACAUUUGUGAGUAAAAUCAAUGUACAAUUUUCUGUUGGUAGUGAUGCGGGCUUUUUACCAAGUAAGACAAAGCUGCCAUGGGCACAGUGUCAGUUCUUAGUGUUCCACUGCUCUUCAGGCUCUGUGUCGCUGUCCCUGUGUCUCCAGUCCUCUUCCUGGCUGUGAAAACACCAGGGAAAGAGGGAAGGAGGGAAGGUGGGUGGGCAGAGACAGGUUGUCUGGCUGCAGGGCACCAGGGCAUGGCAGCCUCCUGCUGGCUUCUCUGAGGCCCUGAGUCCUCAGCUAAUUUCCAGCAGAUUUUACACCUCUCCAAGUCUUCUCUUGGAGACUGGACAGGCAAAGAGCAGCAGAGAAUCAAGACUGCAUUUUCACGCAACUUCACAGACACCUGCUAGGAACUGGACUUUUUUUGCAGUUUAGAUGCUUUGCACAGUCUGGCCUCUCACACUUCUUUUCUGGCUUGCAUAUUGCCAGUGCUAAGCCCUGUCUUCUAGUGUAACUUUGUCAUUGCAUAARGAACUGUGAUUCUGAUCUCUCAGUAAUGAACCUUUUGAGGUAAAAAUGUCUGUCAGAGCUUGAUAAGGGGACCACAAAUAAUACUGUCCAUCUGCAUUGACUUCAGAGGCUCUGUGUAUGGGUAUCUGGCUGUGAGAUUCACAUCUCUCUGAUCUCUUCAAUCAGAUCUGUAUUUAAUAUCACCCUAUUUCCUUUUGGUACCAGGACUGCAAUGUGUAUCAUAAUUUUAAAUUUGACUCUCUAAUYCUGUGUKUCUUCUCAAUGUCCUAAUGGAUGUUGUGCACAGACCUGAUAUUAAUGUUAGUUGAGCCUUUUUGCCCAUAUUUACUGAGAUAUUAUUAUUCAGUAUUGCACAUGAUGAGGUUUAAGCAAGGUUUAUUCAAGUGAAAGGAGCUGAAAGACACAUUGAAGUGAGAUACUGAGUAGGACAAAAAUCCAGAAAGWUCCUACAUUCCUAAAUGGAACUUCACAUUUUAAACAAAGUUUACAAUCAAAAUUUGAUAGCUAGUGGGGUGUCAGUGGUAUUUUAGCUUUUAUUGAAAUGCAAUAAGCAGUCUACCCAUUUUUAAGUGAAAUCAGUUGAUAGAUACAUGCUUUGGUCAUUUCUCUUCACUUAAGUGUAGUGCUGUAGGAGACAUUCCUUAUCGUGCACAUUGAGCAUCACAGCAUUUUAAGUGCUUAAUGUUACAACUGUCCAAAAGGACAAAGUAUUUAUUUUUCUUUAGAGCAUUUCACUACUCUUGGUGCUUCUUUAAUGGCAUAUGGCUUGUGUCAUUGAACGUAAAACAUCUUACAGUCAAUGUCAUUCCUGCUCUGACAUGUGUUAGUAAAAAGAACACAAUUAUGUCUUCCCAUUGCUUCAGAAGUCUAAAAUUAUUCCCAAUACUGAAUUCUCUUCURUUUCCCACUGUCACUCUCUAAAUAAUUGAAUUUGAAUUGUAUUAAAUAUUAAGCCUCCAAAAAUACAAAUGCCGGUGGAGAGAUUGUAAUCAAUAGAGAGAGAAUAAAUUCAGAAAAAGAUCCCGCAUUUAAAACAGAGAAUACUCCWAGGAAACAAAUCACUCAUGGACUAGAAGAGUUUUUCAAGUCCCUCUCCCCUCUCCAGGUUCAUCACCAGUCCACCUCCAUACAGCAGAAUAGGAAGCCUGCAUGCAGGAAGCUUGUACUGAAUUCAGCAAAGUGCGUUAAAGCUAUUGCUGUGUCAUGAUAUUUCCAAGUAUCUCGCUUGAAGUGGAUGGCCUUUUGCUGUUUGCAAGGAAUGCAUUCCAACUGCACGUGCAACUGCUUCAGUACUUAUUCAGGAAGCAGCUGCAGAUGCUGCAGCUUUCAGAAGAGGCUGCUGGACACAGACCAUGAUGCAGUAUUUCUGUGUUGCUCCCGUGUCAUUGAGAUCAAAUCCAGUCCCUAAAAUAGACUGGUUUAGGCAUUCUGGUAAUUAUCAACACUACAAUGAAUUCCCCCCAUAGAAAUCCUGUAACACCUUUUCAGGAGAAGGGCACAUUCAAGCGAGGCCACUGAUGCUCUCACGAUGUGCUUGAAGUACUUCAUUAAAUAGCCACUWACAGCCAUGUUGGUCUUUUUUUCCGUGCAGAAAGUAUUAAUACCAACUUGCAAAAUUAUGCUGUUUGCACUUAAUCAUUUCAAUUAAUCUUUUGUAAAUUACCCAGUACUUUGUAAUUAUAAUAUUUGCAGUUAAUUUAGUGCCAUCUUAAAAAUAAUUAGUUGCAUAAUAUAAGCAAUUAAUAUUUAUUCGGGCUUUUUUCUCUUGCAGGGGGAUACAUAAAUUAUCCUCAGUGGCYUUUCUGUACACCUAAUUAGCACCUGUUUGAAUUAUUCUGCAGGCUAUGGACAUUUCAUUUGAAAAAUAAAUGCAUUGCUAGUUUUGUGAACUCCUUGCAAAUAUGCAGUUUUUAAAACGACUUUUCAGGGGAAUGCAAAACCACGUUUUCAUACRUCUGGGUUUAUGAGCUAGGCUAGGCUUUUGGAUUACUGCGCCUAGAAUAGUUACAGACAUUUUAAAUGCAGUUAAAAUGGAAGUAGUCUGAURCCACUUUCCUAUAAUUAAGUGCAGUACCCCAGAUUUGUAGCCUGUUUUGUUCAGUAAUGAAAAAGGAAAGUAAUAAGACUGCAAGAAUAUACAUCCUAGUGUAAUUUUGAUAUUUCUGUACAUGCAUCUACAGUUUAGAAGUUUUACUAAUCAGAGGCUAUCAAAAGCACUGCUAUGCUAGAGUGCUGAGAACACUGUGUUAAACGUGGGGAAAUUAAACCAGAUUGCUUCAAUCUUAUAAGGAAGCUUCUAGRUGUAUAGUAAUGGUCUAUUUAAAUGUGCAGAAUAUUGAGGAAGAUAAUUCAAUYUUUCUGGAAAGGAGAUCUCGCAAAAACUUUCUAACAAUAAUGCUAAUACCAAAUAUUUACAACCUCCAUGUAUACAAAAUUGAGAAAACAAAUAAAAAAAGAUGCUUUUUUGGGGGUAUGAAAUGUUGGAACAGACUCUCAAUUCCUGUAGAUCAGUACAGCUCCUUUGAUUUCAGUUUAACAAUGUAAAUUUACCCUGACAGAAGUAUCUAGCCCAAGAAUGGGAAUUCCUGCCCAUCUCUUCGCAAGUACAGAAAAUCAAGAACAACUGCAGUGAUUACAAAAUUUGCCAAAGUUUUGCAUUGCCGCAGCCAUUGGUCAGAUGGUAUCUCAUGCCUGAAAAGCAAUUCCGUAACACGUGGGAUGCCCUAAGUCUUCUGGCAUUUUCCCUUUCCAGGGGCACAGCAAGGGCCUUUUCCAGAAACAGCUGGUUCUACACCUUGUAGCUAGGCUACAAGGAGAUAUUUAUUCUGUGAGUAUCUCCUAGGGUAGAAAUUCUUUCUCAGAGAAGGUUUGGUGAUAAAGAUCAGGCUUUGAGGCAGAUCAACUUUGAUUUUUCUGUUUCAUGUUCAAA